GAGGGGGUUGGGAAGAGAAAAAAGGUUCGAUUCGAGAGCUUGGGAAAUAUUAAUAUUAUCGGUGGUGGACGAAACGCGUGAUCGUGGAAAGAGAGUGACUCGUGAGGGAGGAGGGGGAAAGGGGUUUUCCACCCCCAUCGUUUCCACCACCACAACGCCACCGACCCAGUCCCUGUCUCGGAUAUAAAGUGGUCGCGUGCUUGCAAGCUCAGUCACUCUGUCGCUGAAGCACCGAUCCUCGCAACCACCUAUUUGGCUCGUCCAAAAACCGCUCGAGCCAACGAACGCAACCCCGAUCCGCAUCUCUCAGCAGAGCAACAGCCACUCGAAACAGGAUCGAAAUAUGUCGUCGCUACGAAUCGCCAUGUUUCUGCUCGUCGUUCUGAUGGUGUUGAUCGACUGCUCAACGGCCAUCCCGGCAGCCGACAAGGAACGAUUGUUGAACGAGUUGGUGGACGACGAUGGAAGCAUCGAGACCGCUCUGAUCAAUUACCUGUUCACGAAACAAAUCGUGAAACGGCUUCGAAAUCAGCUGGACAUCGGUGACCUUCAACGCAAACGAAGUUAUUGGAAACAGUGCGCCUUCAACGCCGUCUCUUGCUUUGGCAAAUAGAACGUCGAGUUGCUCCUCGAUCAUCUUUCUCUCUCUCUCUUUCUCUCUCAUUCUUUCCUUCUCUCCCUUUGUCCAGUGGCUAAGCUUUUAAAUAGACGACGAGUGUAACUCGACGGCACAAACUCAGAUUCCCAGUGUUGUCAAAUUUCCAUCCGCGAGUUUAUGAAUGUUUGCUAACUCUUUGAUCGUAUUUCAAAAUGUACGUACGUGUGUGUCCUCGCGGAGAUUGGGAUCGUUUUCGAAAAUGUCGCGGAUGUAAAUUUAGCAAUGAAUCCAUUCCCCCGCAAUACGCUGUAUAAUAUUAACGUCGAUAUUAUUAAGGAAAGGUAGAUGUUGUAGUACGAUGAUGUAUCGUAAUUAAGAGCCUGCGUUAAGAUUAUAGAGUUUUCUUUUCUCAAAGCGAGACUUUGCGAAGCACAAUAAUUUCACCUUCUUGCCUAAAUUAUAUACUUUACGUAUUUUUUAAUUAACGGAAGGACGUUGUUCAAUAAAAGAUCCAUUUUUUUUCCAUCGUACUGUAUAAGAUCGAUCUCUUUAUUUUCUUCAAGAAUAAUAUCUUGCUACGAGUAUCAAGUAGCGAAAUAAAUAUAGAAUGUACAAUUUACAAUUUUCUACAAUUUUCUUUCGUAAAAGCGGUCGAGAGUUUCCAACACUCGAUUUCAAGGACAAAACGUACCGGGAUG